GUUUUCAGAAAAGUUUGGACAAUUUUGACAGUUUUGGGAGCAGAGACACGAACUGCGGAGAAACAUGACGGUGUGUUACCUGUUACUGAUGUUGCUGUAGAGUUGUCAGUCUCCUCUGACUGACCUCAACCAGACACACAGACAAGCAGAUAUGAAGAGUGGAUCUGUGGAAAUGGACACCAGCACUGCUCCAGAUCCCAGAGUGCAGUCGGACUGCAGCUUAGCGUGUCUGCGGCGCCGGGCCUGGGCCCAGAGCAGAGACUCCAUCUGGCAAGAAUCAGAGGGAGAGAGCUGUGGCCCCGAGGGGUCCCAACAGAGCCAGAGGGAUGGAGAAGAGCAGACAGAGAGUCCCUCAGAGGAACCAGGUCAGACUGAGCUCACCAGUGUUGUAACUGGGGAUACUUUAACAAUUUCCAAUGGGCGAGUUCCCAACAAGAUCGCCAGCUGGCUGAUUGAAUGCAGGACUCCCCUUGGAGCCUCUCUAGAUGACCAGACUGCUUCUCCCAGCAAAGGACCGCUGAAGAACGGCUGCAGCUUUGAAGAUGACCUUUCACUGGGAGCUGAAGCUAACCAUCUUCAGUCCAGUAACAAUAAAACUGAAUCCUGUUUUGGUCUUGCUGCGGAUCAGAAGAGGAGUCAGUUUAAAGAGAGAGGAAGAAGUAUGAACUCCACAGGAUCGGGGAAAAGCAGCACGGUGUCCAGUGUUUCAGAGGUGUUGGAGCAGUCAGAGGAGCACCCAGAAGAGACCUUCCUUAACCUGCGUGUGUCAGAGCUGCUGGACCUGUACGAGGAGGACCCUGAGGAAAUCCUGUUAAAUCUUGGUUUUGGUCGAGAAGAACCAGACCUAGCCUCUAAGGUUCCCUCCCGGUUUUUCAACAACUCCUCCAUAGCGCGAGGCAUCGACAUCAAGGUCUACCUGGGAGCUCAGCUGCAGCGCAUGGAGGUGGAGAACCCCAACUACGCUCUGACUAUACACCGGUAUGCGGGGACACAUAAAGGAGCAGGUCGUUUCCGUCAGAUCGAGGUCUUGACUACAGUAGCUAACGAGUUCUUCCAGCUAUACAGUCAAGUUUCUGGUCAGCCCGUCCAGCGCAUCAGCUCCAGGGACCAAGGAGGAGAAGGGGGAGGAGAAGCAGGAGGCGGAGAAGAAUCGUCUCCUUCUCUAAGAAGAAGCGGCUCGGCUCGGAACGUCGCCAAAUUACUUAAGAAAACCAUCAGCAAACACAACCUGCUCGCUGCCGCAUCCGAGUCAGCUGAGGCAAACACACCUAACCAAGACACACCGUCGAACGGACACGCCGCGCCUGAUCAAGCGCAGACCAAUGGUCACGCACAGGCCGCCGGUCCAGAACAGGACGUCUGCAGCACUGACCCCGACCACCAGGCGGAGACAGGAAACCAGAAACACAUGCGCAAGAAAGACAGCUAUCCCUUAGCGACAGUUACCGAGGAAACCAACGGGGAUGGAGACGACAGUCCUGAACAGAGCAGCGCCCAACCAGCAGCCAACGGAGAGCAUCCAACAAAUUCUACUGACUCUGAGUCAACCAAUCAGAGAACAGAGGAGGGAACCCAGGUGGUCAAAGAGGAGGAGGAGAAGAAACUUACUUCAACCCCAGAGAAAGCUCCUCCUUCCUUGGCCCCGCUCCAGCUGGCCCAGCUUCGCACGGAGCACACGGACUCUUUCGACAUGGAGGAGAUUGUGAGUAACGAAGAUGAGGCGCUGCCACUCAGGACUUCCAAAGCCAGCGACCUAUUGAGGACAGUCAGUCAGCAGUCCGACAGCAGUGGUUUUGCUGAGGAGCCCUCCGCCGAUUCCAACAGCUUCCUCAAGAUUCAGGAGAGCAGUGACAGCUGUGACAGCGAGACCACUGUGACAUCACACCCUUCACUAGAUGCGGCCACACCCCUCGCAAUGGACCAACCAGCUUUUGUGCUGCCAGACAGCCAAGAGAAAGAGGCGGGGCCUGCUGAAGCUGCUGAGGCUGAUGGGAGGAGUAGUUCCAGGGAAGAAGACGAGCAAGAUAGGAGUUCAGAGCAGUUUCCACAGUACACAGCCCACCAUCUCCCCAAGAGCCAACCAAUGGCAUCACAGGAUGAGAUUGAGGAAGAGGAGCAAGUUGAGAGUCUAGACCGGACCGAUCCUGAACUAGAACCACAGCCAGAACCAGAACUAGAACAGAAGAGUACGUCUGCUGCAGAACAAGAAUCACAAGAGACCGCUGUAGACUCAGAACCACCCACAGAAGAAGCGGGUGCAGAAGCACAAGAGGAGCACGCGUUCUCGGAUGAUUCUAGUUCACUCUGUUAUCCUCCUGCUCCAUCCUCUCCAGUCCUCAACGCUCUGAUCCGAGCCAAGCAGAGCCAGCUGGGACGGGGUGGGCAGCGGGUCGACCCCAAGUCCGCCAUUUCACCCCCCAGAAGAGGACGUGGAGGACGUGGAAUCCCUCUGCAGAGAUCCUCCUCCCUGCCCUCCUCGCUCCUCUCACCCUCAAGAGUCGUGUCCUCUGUUAGGAUCCAGUUUGGGCGCGGCCAGACAUCCUGCACGCAGCCCAGAUACUCCUUCAAAUACGCCCAGGAGCCCGAAGGGGACAAGGAAGAGGAAGUGGAGGAGGACAGACCAACCAGCUGUAUGUCCACUCUGAUCAUAAACCCCGCCCCCUCAUCUGACUCCAUUAACCAUCCACCAAAGCUUCCCACAGAAGCUCCCAUCCCACCUAAACCCAUCCCACGCCACCUGAUGCGGUCAGCAUGCUCCCUGCAUAGCGCCAGCCCUCCUCCUGAUUGGUCACCAGGAAGCCACACCCACUCCUGGAGCACUCAGAGCGUCCCUGAUCUCUCCUUCAAUCAGCGGCAGCCGUUCCAACAAAACAACCAAAACCAGCAGAGUUGGAAUCCUGGACAGACGAUGUUCCGUUAUCCUAAUCCUGCAGCUCAGUACCCGAGCCCCAGUCCUAGUCCGAGCCCUUACCCCAGCCCGUACCCCUUCACCCAGAACCCUCUUCCGCAGUACCCCUCCCCUCUCCACCCUUAUGCCAGUCUUCCCAACCUCCUUCACCACCACAGCUUGACCCACCAUUCCAGUCUAACCAGUCUCUACCAGCCUGCAAAUCCUACAGUCCCCCAGCACGGCAGCCUCUCCAACCUUCAUCAGCCCUCAGCUUCCAUGUCUCCGCACCACCUCAAUCUGAGCAACCUGCAUCAAACUCCAACUCCACCAAUGCACCACCAGGCGUACAAUCACCUAUACGGUCAUCAGUCACCUUACCAUGCCCCUCCUCACGGCUCGCAGUUUGCCUCACCCUACUUUGGUUACCCUGGAUACAACAUGAACCCACACCCAGCAUUCCCUCCCCCUGUCACCCAAUGUCCACCGUUGCCCCCAGAAAACAGCUUCCACCCGGGGCUCACUCCUCCUGCUCCAGGCUUGUUCCCAGGCCUGGGUCACGGCCUCCAUCCGGGGCUCGCUCCUCACGCUGCUCUGGGUGCAGGACCCAGCCAGGGCCCCUCCAGCACUGAGAUGCAGUUGCGGAGAGUUCUGCAUGAUAUCAGAGGAACGGUUCAGAGUCUGAACCAGAACCAAACCGACACUUCGGACACGUUCAGUGACCACAGAGCAGGUCACCAGUCUUUGGCUGUGUUUCAGCAGAAGAGGCAGAGUCUGAACUUGUUCCGCAGUCAGAUGAUGGACCUGGAGCUGUCAAUCAUCAGACAGCAGGCUCAGGUCUACAAACACCUGAGCCCUGCCGACAGGAUGGAGGUGGAGCAGCUUCAGUCUCUGAGGUCAGCAGUCAGAGAGGAACUUCAGGAGCUGGAACAACAGCUGGAGGACAGACUGAUGGAGCUGACGCAUCACACACAACACAGGGGUCUCCAUAGAAACAACAGUGUUGACAGUCUGUCCACCGCCUCUGCACUGAGAGCCAUGGAGCCGGUGUCGGACCUCCUCAGAGAGCAGCUCUACCUCCAAUCAGAGCUCAGCUAUGACGGCCACGCCCCCUCUACCAACCACUCAUCCCGAUCCUCCAGUCCAGUCCGAGGAGGAGGAGGAGGUGUGUACAGGGCAUCGGUUAACAUAACUCCUGCCCCCCCUCCUCGACCAAACACACAGAUUGAGGAAGAAGAGCAGGAGCAGGAGAAGGAGGAGGGACAAAGGGACGAAGGAGGAGGAAGAGGAGGAGGAGGAGAAGUACCGAAGGAGGAGGGAGCAGCAGGAGGAGUCAAUGUGGAAAACCUGCAGCAGCUCAUCAGAGAGAUCCGAGAGAGCGUGGCAAAGGAGGUCCGACAAGAGAUCUUCAGCGAGCUGCUGGCUGCUGUGUCGCCACGGAGAUCACCCCUGCCCGGUAGGCAGCAACCCCAGUAGUCAUGGCAACAGCAGAGCACAGCCCCCUUUCACCUUCAGCCUUCGUAACCACAGCCUGAGAGCAACACUGUCUGUCUGUAACACUGUAUAGCUGAGUAACACUGUCUGUGUGGAACACUAUGUGUCUGUAACACUGUACGUCUGUAACACUGAUGACAAAAUGAGCACAUCAGCCACAUGUGAGAAACUCGGACAGGACGCAUGACAUUUAUGUGUCUAUAUGCUGGUGUGAUGCAUGCUGGGAGCAUCAGUCUGGAACAGCCUGUGAACCAUCAGUGAUGAUGUGCCUUCUUUUCCUCACAUCCUGUUUUUUUUUCUAAGCUAUUUGAUCAAAACAACUACAAGUACUACAAAAAGUACCACCAAUACUAGUCCCAGUCCUGUGAAUGUCCCUAUCAGAUUCAUUUGUUCCAGAUCCCAGUAUGAGAUCAGAUCGUCCGUCCUGAUGAUGACAAUAAUAAUAACCGUAAGUAAUGAGUAGCUAUGAACUUAAAACAAUCAUUAAUUUGAUAAUUUGGCUGAAUUUAGCCUUUAACAUGUCAUCAGAGCAACACACAGGGAACCAACUUUCAUUAAAAAACUAUUAAGUGCCUUAAUAAUAAUUUAAGCUAAACUCUUACUCCUUUUAGUUUGGGCGUUACAUUCCUUAAUCUUCUCUCAAACUGAGCUUUUACCUCUUAAAGUUACUCAUUCCAUGCACAUUUCAUCUUCAUGUAAAAGGUUUAAAGAGGUCUUUUAGUACAUAAUUAUUUAGGGAUUGUGAUCCUACAACUGUCCACCGUUCUUCAUCACCACCAUCAUCAUCAUCAUUGUCAUUGUGCUUCUCUUCCUCUCGCCUUGUUCACGUUUAAAUCUGUCAUGUUUUUUUUCUGAUUCGUGCUCAGCUAGGCUAAACACGUCCCCAACUAAAAGGAUUUCACAAAACGUUGGACUGUCCCUUUAAAGGCCCAGACACACCAAACUGACAUCAAAGAACGAGUGGCAACGAAGGCCGACUGUUGCGUCGACUCGACUUGUGUCUUGGGCAAAAAGUUGCACUUGAACACACUGCAAAGAUUUCAGCUGAUGGCCAACCUGCACGUAAUCUCUGCGCCUGGAUAUAACUCACAGUAGCAGCAGGUGGAGGUAGUCUGUAUUUCCCCCCAAAAAAAGAAAAAGUGGGAGACCGACAAGACGGAUUCAAGGAGCUAAUUAGCCAGUUAGCUCAUUACCAACAUAUGAUAUUUACUGUGGGCUAGUGAACAGUAACACAAACCAUUAUGAACCAAGCUCAAUGGCUAAAAAUAAAGAGAAUUUAACAAAAUUGAUUUCACACCCUCUCGACUUUAGCUGUUUUUUUCUCUUCUCGUACGCCAAGCUGAACUGCCAAUCAGAGUGAUUCAUUGAAUGAUGAGCUCUGUUGUCUCGGAUGCUGAUUCAACAUGUUGAAUAAGCCAGAAAAAGCCCAGCAAAAGCAAACAAGAGGUGACGAAGGCCAACAGUGCCUGAUACACCGUGAUGUCACAUACAUCCGGCUCCAAAACUAGCGCACCGGACACUCAUCAACCCCCUUUGACCAAAUGUGAACCAUCGGUUUGGUGUGUGAGGGCCUUCAAACACUCACGGUCUUUGUUUUGUGUGUGUGUGUUGGUUGUUUCAGAGCAGGUGAUGAUGUUCGUGUAGAUGUCAUGAGGUACUGUGGAGGUCAAAGGUUACUCUGCAGCAACAGCAGGUUUCAGUAAGUUGUCAUGGCGACAGUGAUGAUGAUGUUGAUGAUGAUGAUGUAAUGCCCGGUUUUAAAAGCUCAGUGAGCAGAUUAUUGCCGCUUUCCAUUUAGUUCGGGAGUCGGAAUCGGAGCUGCGAAUGACUUGUGUUGAUCGCAUUCCAGUACGAGAAGUCGGAAAAGCUUUAGUCAGCAAUACCAGUUAAUAACAACACGUUAUUUUACAUCUGUUUUAGUGAGACACAAAAACACAGAAGUGCAAAUAAACAGUAUAUUGUCACAGCUUUGACCACUUUUCAUGCACGGAUUGGCCGUCUUAAUUUUAAGGCCAAGGUUGGUGAAGUUACUCUAACUUUUUGAGUCCUAAAUCCGACUUCGGGGGGGAGUUACAGUUGAAAUUUUCGACUGGGAGCUUAGAAAAUCAGACUCAUAGUUGAAUUCCGACUUUCUGGUGUUAAUGGAACGCAUCACAUUUAUUGUGUGAGCGGACGGUGUAGCCGAAACCUUUGCUGCGUCAGCACGUUAGCUGCAUUAACAUCUUAGCUUCCCACUGUCCAAUCACAAUUUUGUGUGCAAUAAUAUGAACAUAUAUAUAUAAAUAUACAUAUUGAUUACUGACACUAUUGUAAAUAGAUUAUCAGUAAAUCACUGCUAACAUUUCAGGUCAUCCUGCACCACUUCAGCACAAACUGUCUACCUGCAUCACUCAUGCUAACUAAUCUGCAGCUGGUUUUAUUGAGAGAAACUCUGAUUUUCUUCCUCUUUGCACAGAAUCCACAGAAAUGAUUGAUUACUGAGAAAUUAUUAACUAAUGACCAAUUAAUGAACAUUGUUUUUUUCAGCAUUAAAGCCUGUUUGCAGGGUGUUUAGGGUCCUUCGUAGGUUUUCACAUGAACUUAGCUGAAAAUCUUGGGAGUAUCUGAGGUGACACAAACACUCUGCACCCAAGACCUGUCAGUCAAUACAAACACGCUCCUAAAUACCUCUUUCUUUUUAAAAAUCUUCUUCGUAGAACAAUGAGUCUCAAAAUUUCCACACAGACUCACAUAAGAAUUAAUAUUAUCUACUGAAAGCUGAACUUUUGGAAAUGUUUGCGGAUGUUAAUUUUUGAUAUUUGUGACAAAUACAUGGUGAGGAGAAGCUUGAAGGUCCAAUUAUUGAUGAAUCAGAGCCUUCAACCACAUCUCACAGUCUUAAUUCAAGGUUCUGAAUCAUUAUUAACCUUCAGUUAUCCUCAUCAUUUAUUUUUUGACUUUGUGUUUGUUUAAAACUUUAUUUUUCAUGUUCACUGAUCACAAACUUUGCUCUGCUGGACCACUGUGAGCUCCGAGGCUCUACGUGCCUUUAUUUUUAUAUUUUUAACUGAUCAAGAAAAAAAUCCUACACGCAACCUUAAUUACACUUCACUGUUUGUCUGUUGGUGUCUAUUAAUUUCUAUUGAUGUCUAUUAAUGAUGUGUAUUUUGUAUUGAUGUCUUGUCAGCGGGAUGCAGGGAGGGAAGGGGUCACUCUAUAGAGAUGAGAAUAAUAAAGAUGUAUUUAUUUUCAGUA